GUUGGUUCACCUGGCCAUUAUCCACUGCGUCCCAGCUGUGGCACUCUGCUGCAUCGCUCAGCUGCCCAGGGAGGUGCUGGAGAUCCAAAAUGAUCUGUUCCAGACCCCUCUCCACCUCGCCGUGUACCUAGAGCAGCCCAGCGUGAUCCAGGCACUGAUCCACAAGGGAGUGAACCCCGGGCUGCAGGACCGCAACGGCAAUACCCCGCUGCACCUGGCCUGCGAGCAGCAGCGCCUGCGGUGCGCCCAGCAGCUGCUGCAGGGCACAGCCCCGCCGGAGGGCAACUAUGGCUCUCUCUCCUGCCUCCCCAUCCCAGGCUUGGCCUGUCUGCACAUCAGCACCUUGAAGGGGAACAUCCCGAUGAUGUCUCUGCUGCUGGAGAGCGGUGCCAACAUUGAUGUUCGGGAGGGCACGAGUGGGAAGACCCCAUUGCACCUGGCCGUGGAAUGCCACAACCGCAGGGCUGUCCAGUUCCUGCUGCGCAACGGGGCGUAUGUGGACGCCCAGAUGUACAACGGGUGCACCCCACUCCACCUGGCCGUGGGCCGCAAGGAUGCUGCCAUUGCUGCCAUCCUCUCACAUUCCGGGGCUGACACCCUGCUGAGGAACAUGGAGAAUGAGACAGCCCAGGACCUGGCUGACGGCAAUGACGACCUCCUUGCCUUGCUGCCGUUCGAUGACCUGAAGAUCUCGGGGAAGCCUGUUGUGUGCUCUGAAUGAGCAGCUGGACUCCUUUGGCCUGUUGGGCUGCCUCUUCGCUCUGCGCUGUUGCCUUGCUCCCACUGGGACCUCGCCUGCCCACAGUUCCAUGGGAGCAGAGCCACUUUGGGAGAUGUUAUCCCCCCUUUACCCUCUUGGAAGAAAAGUUUUGUUGGCCUCAGGCUGCCUUCUCGGAGAGAAGAAGGUGGCACUAUGAACACUACACAGGGGAGGCUUUUCUUUCAGUAUUUGUGCCCUGUGGCAGGACUGAAUUCCCCCUCUCUGCCAUGGGUCUGACUUGUGGGGAUCUCCAGCUUACCCAGGGAAGGAGCGGGAGAGGACUCCUUUUCACACUGUACGGUAGAUGGAGCGUCCUCUAGCACCCCCAAAUGCCAUCAGAAUAAGCGCAGGGUGAGGAGAGUUAACACGCACUCUAAUAAAUGUUUGUUCUUGC